ACGCAUGUCUAACUAAUGAACAAAACCAGGAUAUCAAAGAGGCACGCCUAGCUGAUGAACGAAAUCGAAAACGUCGGAAGUUAGCCUUAGAAACUAAUGAAGAACGCGAAGCUCGCCUUGCUCGCAAGC